CCCACCCCUCUCGUGGCUAUUUGAUAUCCGAUUUGUAUGCAAGAUGGCGGCCGGGUUGGCUAAAGAUGUCUUUCCUCCGCUAGCUUUGCUGCUCAAGGCUCAGUCUAAAGAAUUCGUUCGCACCCUUUUCCACGAGGCUUUUAGGUACAGAGCUGAUGCAGUCCCAGUAUCUGUUCUCAAAAAUGUAGCAGCUUCCUUAGAUGCAGGGCUUGAUGAAGCAAGACUGUUAAUGGAGAGCCUUGUGACUGUGGUUCAUGCAGCAUUGUUUGAGUGCCUUACAGACCCAAAAGCAGUAUAUGACUUGUUUCCAGAGAACUUUCACAAGAAUCUCAGAGAACUUAUUUCCAAGAUUAUUGCUGAAAAUAUGCCCCUGUGGAGGACAAAUGCCAUUAACCAGCAAGUUUCAUUACCAAAACUGAUUGACUUUGAUUGGAGAGUGGAUGUCAAAACGUCUUCGAACGUCAUCAGCAGAUUGUCCAUGCCAACAUGUAUUAUACAGCUACAGGUUCAAGAAAAUGCCGUAGAGCAGAAUUCCAUGCCUUCCGUGCGGCGUCUCAAUGUGGAGCUCACCAAGGAGAAACUUGACACCAUGUUGGAUGGACUAGGGAAAAUAAGGGAUCAACUCUCCUCGGUUUCGAAGUAAAUUUAGAUGAUAAAUGUAUAGAUAACUGGAUUAGUUUUAAAAUAAAGAGAUGUAUUUUACAACAAG